CCUGGCUAGGUCUGUUCCCCUAGCCAGCCCGCUGUCGCCUCGGGCAUGUGGCCGAGUCUCUGGAGAAGGCUCCGGCUGGGCAGCACAGCGCUCUCUCGUCUCAGUCCGGCUGGCAAGCAUUGGGGCCCAUGAAGGAAGAUGCCUCCCGCCUCCAAGGCGGAGGAGGGGGAGCCUUCCUCUGUCGUGCACUCGCAGCUGGUCAAGCUUCUGUCCGCCCUCUUCUAUGGGACCUGCUCUUUUUUCAUCGUUCUGGUAAACAAGACUGUGCUGACUACUUACAGUUUCCCAUCACCCUUAGUUCUUGGAAUUGGACAGAUGGCAACCACCAUAGUGAUACUAUAUGUAUCUAAGUUAAAUAAAAUUAUUCAGUUCCCUGAUUUUAACAAAAACGUCCCAGUGAAGCUAUUUCCUCUGCCUCUCCUUUAUGUUGGAAAUCAUAUAAGUGGAUUGUCAAGCACAAGUAAACUAAGCUUGCCCAUGUUUACAGUUCUCAGAAAGUUUACCAUUCCACUUACAUUGUUCUUGGAAGUUAUCAUACUCAGAAAACAGUACUCAUUGAACACCAUAGUUAGUGUCUUUGCCAUCAUUCUCGGGGCUUUUAUAGCUGCUGGCUCUGAUCUAAGUUUUAAUUUGGAAGGCUACAUUUUUGUAUUCCUUAAUGAUAUCUUCACAGCAGCAAAUGGAGUUUAUACCAAGCAGAAAAUGGAUCCAAAGGAGCUAGGAAAAUAUGGAGUGCUUUUCUACAAUGCCUGUUUUAUGAUCAUUCCAACAUUUAUUAUUAGUAUUUUCACUGGAGACCUUCAACAGGCUACUGAGUUCAGCCAGUGGAGGAACAUUUUAUUUAUCAUGCAAUUUCUUCUUUCCUGUUUGCUGGGGUUUCUGUUGAUGUAUUCCACGGUGCUCUGUAGUUACUACAAUUCUGCUCUAACAACUACAGUAGUGGGUGCUGUAAAGAAUAUAUCCAUUGCUUACAUUGGAAUGUUAUUUGGUGGAGACUACAUAUUUUCUAUGUUAAACUUUAUAGGACUAAAUAUUUGUAUGGGAGGAGGAGUGAUGUAUACUUUUUUAACAUUACAAGGCCCAGAGCAUCCCAAACAGCAAGUGGAUGAAGAAAAUAUAUCUUCUGAGGCAAAGCGAGGAUCUGCUAUUGACUGAUAGAUCGACAGGGAAAGCAGUGGAUAGAAGUUCAAACAAGUGGGAAAUAAAUCUUUACAUGCUUAAGCACAUGACGAAUAGAAAGAAAAUCUACCUCACCUCACAUCAUAUGAAAAACUGUCUGAAAGUCAAUUUUUCCAAAAUAAUGAACAUAAAAUAAAUUUUUGGUUUCAAAGGGAAAGUAUUUCUAAAAGAAAAUUUAUAGGAUUCUGGACCUGAUAUGUAUUCUUGCCUAAAAGGUUUUUUCUUCAUUCUAAAAUUCUUGAUCUUUGUUAAAGACCUUAGCUUCAUUACCAUCAUUGCAUUUUUACAGUCUCUCAUCCAAGAGAAGAUUUUAAAAAAAGGUUUUGUUUCAAAUAAUUUGCCUUUUAUUUCAAGAAUCCAUGAGAAGGAACCCAUGAAAAGAAAAUCUGUUUUAAAAGAAUUAUUUUCAAAGAGUGAUUACCAAAAUUAGCAAUUGAAUGACCAGAGUCCAAUACAUUUUGCUUUGAUUUUAUGUAUGUGUGAGCCCAUUUGAAAAGAUGUGUUCCUUUUCUUUAAAAUAGAAAGAAAAGAAAGAUUUUAAUUCUGGAUAGCAUGAUACUAUUGCAGAGAAACAAAAAGAGGGUGUAGCCUAACAGCUAUGUAUGGUGGUAGUACUCUGUAUGUGUUAUCCUACUGUAUCUCAUUUUGCAAGUCUUAAAAAAUUGAAAAUGGCUUGGAAUCAAGGUUUAAACUGUCAGAUUUAGUAGCUUAUUAUCUCUCUGUUCAUUUCUAACAUACUCCUAGAGUGCUUUAAAAAUUAAGAUUAUUUUGAUCUUUACCAAAUAUACAGAGUCUUUUGGAUUUUUUCUGACUGUGCUAGAUUUGUCAUUUAUAAGACCAGAAUAAUAGUAUCUGUGAUCUUGGAAAAAUUACUUAGCCUCUUUAAGCCUCAUUUUCAGAGAGAAAAGGAGAGGAAGAGAGGGAAAGAGGAAGGGAAAAAUGGGUUUGAACAGAUCAUUGGUUCUUGACGUGAGUUUUUUUUUAAUAUAAUAAAAAUUGGAUUUCAAUAUAAUGCUUUACCUUUGUAAAUCUAUGUAUUUCAUUUUGUACACUUAAAAAUAUUGCUGAGAAGUGGCCCUUAGGCUUCAUUAGACUGUCAGUGGUAUCCGUGACCCAAAAUAGGUUAAGAACUAUAGGAUAAGAUGGUCUUUAAAUAAUCCCUGUAAAGUUAACAUUCUGGGACUUCUCUGAUUCUAUAAAAGUAUUUUUAAUCAAAUGUCUUAAAAUAUGCAGGGUGAUUUUUGCAUUCCAAAGCUCUUAUAAUAUGAGGACUAUAUAAAUUAAAAUUUGUUGUCUACUUCAAUGA